CCAUUUCUUAUCCUGUAGUACGCGUUUCGUGCCGCCAUUUCGAGCAGUGCAGAACCGGAUACCUUAAGUAUCGGUGUUUGACUAUUCCAGAUUUAGCAAACGUUAAACGUUAGAUACGUAAAAUGGAAAAUCAACUUUGCAAGCUUUUUGUUGGCGGGUUAAAUGUACAGACCACCGACGAAGGUCUUCGUAAACACUUCGAACAGUAUGGUGUCUUAACUGAUUGCGUUGUUGUUCAAAACCAGCAGCUCAAGCGCUCUCGCUGUUUCGGGUUUGUAACCUACUCUACUGCAGAGGAGGCAGACGCCGCAAUGGCCGCAAGGCCACAUCUUUUAGAUGGCAACAACGUGGAGCUGAAAAGAGCAGUUGCUAGAGAGGACGCGGGGAAACCAGAGGCACUUGCUAAGGUAAAGAAAAUCUUUAUUGGGGGGCUCAAGGAGGACGUAGAAAACGAACAUCUCAACGAGUAUUUCUCCCAGUUUGGUGCCAUUGAGAAGGCCGAAGUCAUUAGCGACAAACAAACCGGUAAGAAACGUGGAUUCGGCUUUGUCUACUUUGAAGACAAUGAUUCGGCCGACAAAGCGGUCGUACUCAAAUUUCACACGAUCAACGGACAUAAAGUGGAGGUGAAGAAAGCCCUAACCAAACAGGAGAUGCAGGCUGCUGGAGGCCGAGGAGGUAGGGGGAGAGGCGGGCGAGGAAUGGGAAGGUCUCAAAAUGGCUACGGUGGGGGAAGAGGAGGUGGUUACAACAGCUAUGGCGGCGGCUAUGGUGGCAACGAUGGCGGCUACGGAGGAGGCUACGGCGGUGGUUAUGGCGGUGGUUACGGGGGAGGCUAUGGUGACCAAAUGGGCGGCUACGGAGGCGGGAACGGCUACAGUGACUUUGGAAGCGGGUAUGGCCAGCAGUCCUCUGGCUAUGGUCCAAUGAAAGGUAAUUACUCGGGCAGAAGCAGCGCGCCUUACUCCCGAGGCGGUGGUGGCUACGGCCGGGGAGGUUAUGGAGGCUCAUAUUAAGGACCCCAAGCAGUCCCACACAGAGCAGCUCCAUCCCGUAGCCAAAUGCAAACCGACCACAAUGUUUUCCCGCUUAUAAAUUAGAAUACUGGAGCCGUGCUAAUUUGUCACGGCAUUGACUGGAACACUGUGAACCCCAACACGAGGUUCAGACAGGAGCCCCCAUAAUUCCAGGCUGGCCCAAACAGGUAGGGAAAUCCUUACCAACAAGCCUGACCAUACAAUGGCCACCUCCAUAUAGCAAUCCUCAACUACAGAGCUCUAGGAGGCAAAUGUCGUCGCUCGUCAUUUCCAAAUAAACUAGGCCGCAUUCCUGACAAGGUUUAGGACUAUUCCUCUGGAUUCUUAUUUUGCUUUAAUUUUUAAGGGUGGGGGACUUUAUAAAUGUUGCAGUUUACUGUAUUCUUCCCAGACAUAUUGUCCUUAACGUAAUUUAGUUGAGAUUAGAUGUUUGCUUGUUAGUGUAGGUCUGUUAAUUUUUCCUUCAGUUAAUGUAUUUUGUAACUUAAUUGCUUUUCUUUUAAAUAUCUGUAUCUAAGUUUAUCAAGUGUUUUUCCUGGGACCCAUGUUUUUUCAGUAGUUAAGUAGUCAAUUGCAGUGAACUUGAUUUAGUCCUUAGUUCUGCAUUUAAUUAGGUAGCAACUAGUUUUGUGACAACUGGAGCUAUCUAUUAAAGUAAUCGUAUUACGACUUAACCCAGCAAAUGCCAAAGUAUUCAUGAAUAAAUUGAUGCCUGUAGUUGUAUUUGGUCAAAAUGGAAAAUUAUGACGCAGCACAUAUAAGGACUAGGUCACACUUCUCAAAGUAUUUUAGGUUCACUGCCUUUGUUACUAAACCAGAACUAAAAAAAAACGUUCUCGUGCUUGACCUGUGGUUGACUCCCAAUUAGUGUGAAUGUUAAAAAAUAGUAAAGUAGUUAACGUUACCAUGGACAUUGUUAUAGUUGUUACAGUGAAAUGUUUUUCACCUAUCCAGGGUUCAGAAGACAGGUUUUAUCUGAACUCUACUAAGUUUUUCUAUUUUUUCAGUAAAAAUCAUUAAAAACAAAGGACUCCAGCACCAUAAAUGAAACUGACCUUUAUAUUUGUCUCAUGUAUUCCUGGUACACAGAUUAAUCUCUUAAUAUUGUUUCUUUCAAAUACCGGUAAACUGUAUGUAUUCAAUUAAAUAAAACUUUUUACUCAGAAGUUAUUUUAUUUGAGGAAAUGAGCCUUAUGGGGUGCUUUGAGUUAUUAAACAGUUUUCUUCAGUGUAAAUAAAGUGUUUUUGCAUUCUACUCCCUAGAAUAAAGUGAAGCAAAUACAGAGCACGCCUGGUAUCAGGGUUUGUGCUUCAUGCACCUGUUUGCUGGUCUUCUGGCUCUUGUGUGUUUAACAUUGUUAUAUUCAUUUAUUCGUAUGGGAUUUGAGUAAUCCCUUUCUCCCCAAGGAAAUCUACAUCUGUAAGUAGGUAUACAAGUAUUUCGGAUUUGUAUCAAACGUGUAAAAUACCACCUAUGCAAACACACACACAUCAAAGAUUGUGUACUGUUUUUCACUUGCUAAACCUAUUUUAGAGCUCUGUUCCAGUACUUUUAGUGUACAAAAAAUCUGGAUCUAUACCUUAGCUGUGUCCUCUGCAUCAUGGGAAUCUCCAGGGGUACUCCAGAGCUGUAGAAACCCUGCUGAAAAUCCAUAGGAUAUGCGCCUCAGGUUUGUAGCAAAACUUUAUACACAAGCCAUUGCAUUAAUAUUAAGUGUAUCUCGACCUUGAUACAAAUCCUGUUAGACGGGUAGUACUGCGUAGUCAGUAUUUGUUCAGGUUGAUGUAAUAAAUGCAUGCAACUGAAUAUUAAUACAUUGACUAAUACCUUGAAAUCGGCAAGUUACAUUUUUUUCCUGUAAAUUGGACAUAAAUGGCAUAACCUUUCACCCUGUAAAUAAAGUUAAAGGCAUUUGAAUAAUCUAAGUUGAGUAGUGUGCUAAACUCUUCAAGCCUAGAUGUAUAUGAUUUUCAGAACUGUUUUAUAACCCAUAUUCCAGACAGUUUUAAGGAAGUCAUACCGGAGUGUGGGGCUUAGAGUUCCUGUUUACUUGAUGCUUUAGCUCCAGAUUUUAAUGCCACCAAAUUACCAAGGAGAACAGCGUUUAUAAGCAAGGUUUGUGACUUCAGUUAUUCAUCCUACACUUGUCACUUUCUCCCCCUUCCCUCAUCAGAAUGGUGUUUUGCUUUUGGGUGUUUGUAGGACUUGGCAUUGUAUUGAUAGUUCAUAGCAUAAAUUGGAAUAGUGCUGCCCAUUAAAUUUUUUUUACAUGUAGCUUUAGCCUCUGCUUCAGUAUUGAAUUCAGUUUUGCACAUAAACUUUAACAUUUUUCAUGCACUGCGGAGUAACAGGUCUGUAUUUGGAUUGGAGACCGUUCAAUUUUGCUUCAGAGAAGAGCAGUUGUGCACAUCCCAGACUGGUCAGGGGUUCAUCUUGCAUUUUGCGUUCCUCCCAUCCCAAAUCAACUGAUUCUAUAUAUUGCCUCGUCUUCACUUAAGGUUCAAAGAGAUGGCUUGCUCACCUAUUAUCCGCCACAUUAGCAGUAACUGUACUAAAUUAUCAAUUUGGUUGUGUGAUUGAUACAAUUCAAAUUGAUUUCUGUCCAAAAAGAUAUUAGUUUCAGGCUGCAGAAGACCAGGCAUUACAAUAGAUACACAGUUGCACAACCAGUGCCAUGAAUCAUUUUUGUCAGCUUACAGUUUUUAAAGCCAUCUCUUUCUUUUUCCCUCCCCAGAAUUCGCAAAGCAGAUGGAUUUUAACAAAUUCUUGCUUUUAAGUCCUAUCUGAUGAGGAGAGGAUCUGCUGAGAAGACUAACCCUGAUGGAUGAUGUGCAGAAGACUGGAUGCCUUACCAUGGGCCUAGAUGAGGGUCUCGGGACUCUCCUGAUUCCAGUCCUGACGAUGCUUUUGCUCGCGCCUGGAGCAGUGGCUAUUUUCAAAAUGCUCGCGAGCGACGAACAGCACAGGAGAAACCAGAUCAAAUGCACCCUGGAGAAAUAACUUGGUGAUAUCGUAGGAGUUAUGUUGAAUUUUUUUUCUUGGCUUUUUGUAUUGGGGUCCAAAAUUAAUAAACUUACCUUGGAGUCAAA